CCCCAACCUCGCCCCAUCAUCCACAGCCACAACUGCCCAUCACUCAGGCUCAGAGCACGCGGCGGCCUGUGGCCGUGCAUGCCUCACUGCACUACACCACACACGAAGCGGAGGAGCUGAAGCCAAGAGCAGCGACCACGCGCCGCGAUGGCGGCGGCACCUCCGUCCACCGCCACCUGCGCCACUGCCCUCCACUUUCCCCACCCGUCUCCUCCCUGGAGUAGCGUCGGCGGCGCCGGCCAUGUCCAGUUCUUCCGCCGGCGCUGCAGCUCUCUGCGGCGGCGGGGCGGAGGCGAGGUAGCGCCCGCGGCGCUGGGGGGAUUGCUCGGUGGCAUGUUCGGCGGCGGCGGCGGCGACGACGGGGAGGCGGCGAGGAGGAAGUACAGCGACACCGUCGCGCUCGUCAACAGGCUGGAGCCAGAGGUCUCAGCGCUCUCCGACGCCGAACUCCGCGCCCGCACCUCCGCGCUGCAGGAGCGCGCGCGCGCCGGGGAAUCCCUCGACUCCAUCCUCCCCGAAGCAUUUGCUGUUGUGAGGGAGGCUUCCAAGAGAGUUCUUGGUCUUCGCCCCUUUGAUGUACAGUUGAUCGGUGGCAUGGUUCUGCAUAAGGGAGAGAUUGCAGAAAUGAAGACUGGAGAGGGGAAGACACUCGUGGCUAUUCUGCCAGCUUACUUAAAUGCAUUAAGUGGGAAAGGAGUCCAUGUUGUCACUGUAAAUGAUUAUCUCGCCAGACGUGACUGUGAGUGGGUUGGUCAAGUUCCCCGAUUUCUAGGACUGCAGGUUGGCCUAAUUCAACAGAACAUGACACCUGAGCAAAGGAGGGAAAAUUACUUGUGUGAUAUUACUUAUGUCACAAAUAGUGAGCUUGGAUUUGAUUAUCUAAGAGAUAACCUUGCGAUGACUGUAGAUGAGCUUGUGCUGAGGAACUUCAAUUACUGUGUGAUAGAUGAAGUUGACUCAAUCCUCAUUGAUGAAGCACGAACACCUCUUAUAAUAUCUGGCCUUGCUGAAAAGCCAAGUGACCGGUAUUACAAAGCAGCAAAAAUAGCUGAAGCUUUUGAACAGGAUAUUCAUUACACUGUCGAUGAAAAGCAGAGAAAUGUUCUAUUAACAGAACAAGGCUACGCUGAUGCUGAAGAAAUACUGGACAUAAAUGAUCUAUAUGAUCCUCGUGAACAGUGGGCUUCAUAUGUUUUAAAUGCUAUCAAAGCCAAGGAGCUCUUCCUCAGAGACGUCAAUUAUAUCGUUCGUAGCAAGGAAGUGCUUAUUGUGGAUGAGUUCACAGGUCGAGUUAUGGCAGGCAGAAGAUGGAGUGAUGGACUCCACCAAGCAAUUGAGGCAAAAGAAGGUGUACAAAUACAGAAUGAAACAAUAACCCUUGCAUCUAUAAGUUACCAGAACUUCUUUCUCCAGUUCCCGAAACUCUGUGGCAUGACUGGAACUGCAGCUACAGAAAAACAGGAGUUCGAGAGCAUAUAUAAACUAAAAGUUACGGUUGUUCCAACAAAUAAGCCAAUGAUACGGAAGGACGAUUCAGAUGUUGUUUUCAGAGCAACAAAUGGAAAAUGGCGUGCUGCUGUUGUGGAGAUAUCAAGAAUGAAUAAAGUUGGCCGUCCUGUGCUUGUUGGUACAACUAGUGUUGAGCAAAGUGAAACUUUGUCAGAACAGCUACGUGAAGCAGCGAUUCCUCAUGAGGUCCUGAAUGCUAAACCAGAGAAUGUGGAGAGGGAGGCAGAGAUUGUAGCUCAGAGUGGACGCCUUGGUGCAGUGACAAUUGCCACCAAUAUGGCAGGACGUGGCACUGAUAUUAUCCUUGGAGGCAAUGCCGAAUUCAUGGCCAGGCUGAAGUUGCGCGAGAUGCUUAUGCCAAGAAUUGUUGAUCCAAUUGAUGGUGUCAUUGUAUCCAAAAAGCAGCUUCCACCAAGAAAGACAUGGAAGACAAAUGAAAGCUUGUUCCCAUGUGAACUUUCAAAAGAUACACUAUCAUUUGUCAAAGAUGCAGUCGAAGUGGCUGUCAAAGAAUGGGGAGAAAAAUCAUUACCUGAGCUAGAAGCUGAAGAGCGUCUCUCCUACUCAUGUGAGAAGGGACCAACACGUGAUGAAGUAAUUGCAACUCUGAGAAACGCGUUCAUGAAGAUAGCAGAUGAAUUUAAGAUUUACACAGAGGAGGAAAAGAAGAAGGUCAUCGCAACAGGUGGGCUUCAUGUAGUAGGCACUGAACGACAUGAGUCGCGCAGAAUUGACAAUCAGCUUCGUGGUCGAAGUGGCAGGCAAGGGGAUCCUGGGAGCUCUCGCUUCUUUCUUAGUCUUGAGGAUAAUAUUUUCCGCAUAUUUGGAGGUGACCGCAUACAGGGUCUGAUGCAAGCCUUCAGAGUUGAAGAUCUUCCUAUUGAAUCAAAGAUGCUAACAAGGGCCCUAGAUGAAGCUCAACGGAAAGUUGAGAACUACUUUUUUGAUAUCAGGAAGCAGUUAUUUGAGUAUGACGAGGUAUUAAAUAGCCAGAGAGAUCGGGUAUACGCAGAAAGAAGACGUGCUCUUGCAUCUGGUAGUCUGGAAUCACUUAUUGUGGAAUAUGCUGAGUUAACGAUGGACGACAUACUAGAGGCAAACAUAGGUCCUGAUACCCCAAGGGAAAGUUGGGACCUUGGCAAGCUGAUAGCUAAAGUUCAACAGUAUUGUUACCUACUAAAUGACUUGACACCAGAAGUGUUGGAGAGUAAAUGCUCAAGCUAUGAGGAUUUACAGGAGUACCUUCGUACCCGAGGGCGUGAAGCAUACUUCCAAAAAUCUGAAAUCGUGGAGAAGCAAGCUCCAGGCUUGAUGAAGGAAGCCGAGCGAUUCCUAAUUCUAAGCAAUAUUGAUAAGCUUUGGAAAGAACACUUGCAAGCUUUAAAGUUUGUGCAACAAGCUGUUGGAUUGAGGGGCUAUGCUCAACGAGACCCCCUUAUCGAAUAUAAACUUGAAGGAUAUAAUCUUUUCUUGGAUAUGAUGGCUCAAAUCCGGAGAAAUGUUAUUUAUUCUGUAUAUCAGUUCAAACCAGUGAUGAAAAAGCAAGAUGAGGAAAAUUCUGAAAAGAAAGAUCCAAAAAAGAAAGUAGAGAAGGCGUCUAAGAAACUCGGUGCAGCCCAAGCUGCAUCUUAAGUUUGAUGCGAGGUUUUUUUUUUCUGCUCUUCCUUGUAGCUACGGUUUGGUGGUGUCAUGAAUCCUCAGCUGUAUAGGUCUCUUCACAUUAUACCAUGGUUUACAGUGCGGGAGAACAACAUUACAUAUUUGAAUCUGAAAAAUCCAGCGUCAUGCUGGGACACAGCCAUGAGAUGUAAAUUUUUCCUUGGAUUGUCAGAUCCAAUCGUUAGUUAGUUUCCUGCACCCAGCAUCUCAAGUAUGCGUAGCAUCAGUUUUACUGGUUGUACAAAAUCAAAGCUUGUUAAUGCUAAGAUUUUGAGUUCCUGAGCA